AUGCACGCCAGCGGAGCGGGUCUCCCGCUCGCCUCUCUCUACGUGGGCGACCUGCAUCCAGACGUGACCGAGGCCAUGCUCUACGAGAAGUUCUCGCCCGCGGGUCCCAUCCUGUCCAUCCGCGUGUGCCGCGACGUGGUCACCCGCCGCUCGCUGGGCUAUGCCUACAUCAACUUCCAGCAGCCGGCCGACGCCGAGCGGGCACUGGACACAAUGAACUUCGAGGUGAUCAAAGGCCAGCCCAUCCGCAUCAUGUGGUCCCAGCGAGACCCCGGGCUUCGCAAGUCGGGCGUGGGCAACAUCUUCAUCAAGAACCUGGAGGAGUCCAUUGACAACAAGGCCCUGUAUGACACCUUCUCCGCCUUUGGGAACAUCCUCUCUUGCAAGGUGGUGUGUGACAGUCACGGCUCCCGAGGCUUUGGCUUUGUCCAUUUUGAGACCUACGAGGCCGCACAGAAGGCCAUCCGCACCAUGAAUGGGAUGCUGCUGAAUGACCGCAAAGUCUUCGUGGGCCACUUCAAGUCCCGAUGGGAGCGGGAGGCUGAGCUGGGGGCGGGGGCCGCGGAGUUCACCAACGUCUACGUGAAGAACCUCCAAGUGGACGUGGACGAGCAGGGCCUGGGGCAGCUCUUCUCCCCGUUUGGGAAGAUGCUGAGCGUGAAGGUGAUGAGGGAUGACAGCGGCUGCUCCCGAGGCUUUGGCUUUGUCAACUUUGAGAAGCAUGAGGAAGCCCAGAAGGCUGUGACGGACAUGAAUGGGAAGGAGGUGAGUGGGCGGCUGCUCUUCGUGAGCCGGGCCCAGAAGCGGGCGGAGCGGCAGAACGAGCUUAAGCAAAGGUUCGAGCAGAUGAAGCAGGACCGGCUGAACCGUUACCAGGGCGUGAACCUGUACGUGAAGAACCUGGAUGACUCCAUCGAUAAUGAGAAACUGAGGAAAGAGUUCUCUCCCUACGGAGUGAUCACCAGUGCCAAGGUGAUGACAGAGGGUGGCCACAGCAAAGGGUUUGGCUUUGUGUGUUUUUCCUCUCCAGAAGAGGCAACGAAGGCCGUGACCGAGAUGAACGGGCGCAUCCUCGGCACCAAGCCGCUGUACGUGGCGCUGGCCCAGCGCAAAGAGGAGCGGAAGGCCGUCUUGACCAACCAGUGCAUGCAGCAGCGCCUCUGCGCGCAGGCCCUGGGCGGCCCCCUCCUGGGCUCCUUCCAGCAGCCCACCAGCUACUUCCUGCCCACCGUGCCCCAGCCUCCAGCCCAGGCUGUGUACUAUGGCUCUGGCCCCCCUGGCCCCCCUGUCCAGCCUGCCCCCAGGUGGAUGGCCCAGCCUCCUAGAUCCUCCCCCACCUACCCUCCAGCCGCCUCAAUGGGCCAGCCGCCAGCCACGUCUCCGUGCCCCCUGGCCCCCAUCAGCAGCGUCAGGAAGGGCCCCCCCCAGAUGCCACAGCAGGUGGCCCUCACCCAAAGAGUGGCCAACAUCGGUACCCAGACCACCGGGCCCAGCGAGGCAGGACACUCUACGCCAAGGAGGCCUCUCCCGACACACAGAUGCUCCAGCACCCAUGGGGUCCCGGAGCCUGCUGCGGGCCUCCCCGGACGGGAGCCCCUGACUGCGUCCAUGCUGGCCAAGGCGCCACUCCGCAAACAAAAGCAGAUGAUUGGUGAGCAUCUCCACCCACUUAUCUACGAUGUCCACACCCAGCUGGCUGGCAGGAUCACGGGCAUGCUGCUGGAGAUCGACGACUCGGAGCUGCUGCUCAUGCUGGAGUCCCCGGAGCCCCUCAGUGCCAAGGUGGAAGAGGCGAUGGCGGUGCUGCAGGCUCACCAGGCCACCGAGUGGGCGAAAGUGAACGUGACUGAAACCAGAAAAUGGAACUCUCACUCCCUUGGCUGACAAGACAACGGCGUUUUCUACUCCUGGCUCUGUGAUCUGGAACUUAAUUCCCAGUGGGGCUGCGUCUGUACCCAAGCUGUGUGUGUGUGUGUGUGUGUGUGUGGCGUGAAGGCUGGUCACCCGGCCAGCCAUCACCUUUUUUGCUUUGUGCAUUAAAGUGCUGCAAACUGCGGUUUGUCUCCCAGGAGGCCUUGUGUGAGGGAGGUGGGGCGGAGCGAAGGGCAGGCUUGGCUGGGUCGGGGCUUC